AUGCGGCCCCUGCUCUGCGCGCUUGCCGGGCUCGCCCUGCUCCGCGCCCCGGGCGUCUUCGCCGCUGAUGAACCCUUCAUCCCCUCCCAAGGAGACUCAGCUCAGAGCACAGGGUGUGACAGAUACAUGGCUGUCCACAGUCGGCUGGACGUCAUAGAGGAGACGGUGGAGAAGACGGUGGAGCACCUGGAGGCAGAAGUCAAAGGCCUGCUGGGUCAGCUGGAGGAGCUGGCCUGGAACUUGCCCCCGGGGCCCUUCAGCCCGAUCCCCGACCUCCUCGGAGACGGAGAUGAUCGCUUUUGA